GGUCUAAAGGUGAUAGGAGGAAAAAUGUCUGACAGUGGGAAACUGGGAGCCUUUAUAACCAAGGUGAAGAAAGGCAGUAUUGCUGACACAGUCGGUCAUCUCAGACAAGGUGAUGAAGUUGUGGAAUGGAAUGGUCGGUCACUGCAAGGUGCUACAUUCGAAGAAGUCUAUGAUAUCAUCUUGGAAUCUAAACAGGAACCACAAGUUGAGCUUAUUGUUCAUAGGAGCACCAAAACUGGUGAAGUACCACCUGGCAUACAGUCAACCUUCACAGAUCAUGCUCGAGAUGCGCUUCCAGCCCAACAUCAGCACAGAAAUCGUCACAGCCUUACAGUGACCACUACUGGUUCAAGGUCAAGAACAAGGUCACGACCUCACUCACCUUUGAUAACAGGAAGGUUACAGGUCAAGCUAUGGUAUGAUAGUCGAAGUUUUCAACUUAUAGUAUCUGUGAUAUCUGCUCUAGAACUUACUCUCACAGACCAUGGCAAGUUCCGUAAUCCCUACUGUAAACUAUAUCUAUUACCAGACAGAAGUGAGAAGAGUAAGAGAAGAACUAAGACCAUAGCCAAUACGAUUGAACCAAGCUGGAAUCAAACCUUCAUCUAUUGUGCAGUUAAAGAUAUAGAUCUGAGAGACCGGUUAUUGGAAAUAACUGUUUGGGACUACGAUAGAAUAGGUGCUAGCGAGUUUUUAGGCGAGGUUCUGAUAGACUUGACAUCAGCUAAUUUAAAUGAUGAACCUUACUGGUACCAACUUAGUCACCAUGACGAUGCUAGCAUUCCAUUACCUGCUAAUUCACCUAGAUCUGUAAACCAUCUCUCACCACCUAUAAGUAUUAGAGGCUUAAGUGAUAGUGAUAUAUCAGAGUUAGAUUACGAUGACAGUAUCGGAGUUAUAUCAGGUAAGGCCAAGGUCAUGGUAGUGUCGUUUGGGUGA